AUGGCCGUCCGACGACCUCAUCGCAAAUCCCGCCACGGGUGCGCGGAGUGCAAGCGGAGAAGAGUGAAGUGCGAUGAGACCCGCCCGACAUGUUCAAACUGCUCCAAACGCCAGACAGAGUGUGAAUAUGAAUCUGCAAGCUCCCUUCUAUGGACGAAUGAAGAACGUCUCCCGCAGCCAAGGUCUGCCAGUUCCGAUCUUGAAGGGCUCGCACAGUUAGAUUCUCACUUAACGCCCGAUAACUCAUUCGACAUAUUGGGACGACUUGGCGGGGAUGACAGAGCAUCCCAAUCUCCCGCCAGCUUGAACCUUUCGGACUUGGAGUUGAUGAUGCAGUGGUGCAACUCAACGCAUCAGACCCUAUCCCGAAACACCAGGACAGAGUCGAUCUGGCGCUUCCGUGUGCCGGAGGAAGCCCUGUCUCACACAUUCCUGAUGCACGGCAUUCUGGCUCUUUCUGCGCUCCAUAUCGCGCGCACGAGAGACGACCAACGACACGAGUCAUAUGUCAGGACCGCUGUCGCGCACCAACAUCAGGCACUGACUUUUUUCCGCCAAUUACUGAACAAUAUCACCGAGGAUAACGCAAAAGCGAUGUUCUCCUUCGCGGGUAUUGUCGUUGUCUACACGUUUGGGUUCCCUCAGACCCCCGACCCGGCAGACCCAUGGUCCUGUGUCGACGGUCUGCUCCAGGUUCUGCUGCUGGCUCGCGGCGUGCAGCAACUCUUGAACCAGGCGACUUCUUGGAUUCGGAGUACCGACUGGGACGAGCUUUUGCAGUUCGAUCCGUAUGAUCCCUCCCCGCCGGAUGAUGCCCGUGCCGUGAUCCAGCGGCUGUCCAAAUUGAACCGCGACUGCGGCGCUCAGGACCCGACGCAUAGCAUCUCGCUCUACGAAAAUGUCAUCGAGAAUCUGGCGGACAUGAUGGCUGCCGUGUCUAGCGGGUUGACUUCGGUGCCUGUUGCUGCCAGGUGGGCUAUUAAACUGAGACCGGAAUUCGUCGACCUGGCCCGUGAACAUCGGCCCUUCCCUCUGGUAAUCCUGGUCCACUACUGUGCGGUGCUCCAUCGCCUGAAGUAUGACUGGUGUUUUGAUCAAUGGGACGAGCGAGUUCCCAAGGCUAUAUGGAAGAUAUUAGAUGAUUCCUGGAGGGUACACAUCCGGGAACCUAUGACGGAGAUUUUUGGACAAAACUUCGAGUCGUCGGCGGAAUAA